GGAUGUGGAGAGUCAAAAAUAUCUACAGCAAAUACUAUCGUUUUAGGGGUUAUCCAGAUUAUGAUUGGCACCUAUCAUGUACUCAUGUGGUAUUUCCUAUUGUUGUUGUACAUGGGACAGAUUAAAGGAGUAUUUGGGACUUAUGAACCUUUAACUUACAAAAUGGGAACUUCCUUAUGGGGAAUUACUUUUGUCUUUUCAGGAGCUGCCACAGUAAAAUCAGCAAAACAUCGGAGUAGAUAUAUGCUUGUCUGUGCUCUGUCCCUGAACAUACUUUGCGUAAUUGUUACGAUCAUUGCCGCCAGCCUGACAAUAGUGGAACUGGCUUAUUUCCGGUCUGUGUCAUAUAGGAAUUAUGGACAAGCAAAGCUGGGGAGGGAAGUGUCCCGUGUCUUGUUGUUCUCCUACCCCCUGGAAUUCGGGAUUGCCCUCACAUAUGCAAUCUGCAGCUGUUCGUAUUUGGGAAGGAGACGACAGGACAGUAUAGAAACUGUUACUGACGUCAUAGAAAGCAGCCUCUGA